CCCGCUGCCAUUCGUCUCCAUCUCUUCUUCUUGGUGCCGGCUCUCCUCUCCAGCUAUACAGUCAUCAUGGUCUCCUUAGCACGAACAGUCAGACAUUUCAGGCAGGUUGGGUUCAGGGAGUGGUUCAGGCAAAUGACCUACAUUGGUGAUUCCAAGGCUGGAAGGCUUGUGGGCACCGACCAAUUUGGCAACCGAUACUUCGAAAACACCGACCCUGCGGAGGAGAUUCCUGGUCGUCACAGAUGGAUCGACUACUCCCAAGAUGAUUUCAACGCCUCCCAAGUUCCCCCCGAAUGGCACUCUUGGAUCUCUCACAUCCGUCAACACCCUCCCACUGAAGAUGCUAUCAUGAAGGCUUCGACUCCACCAUGGAAGGCUCCUUUCGUGGAGAACAUGACUGGUACCAGGGGAAGCUUCAAGACAUACUCCACCACUGCUCCCAAAGUCAACGCUUGGGAACCUGUCGUGAAGCCUCGAGGUUCUCAACCCCAGGCUUGAGUGGGCGCCGAAGAGUGGCGGGAGUUAGAGGCUGUGGCCUGAGCCUGAGCGCGACGGGCACGGGCGGCUUUGUAUCAGAGCUAUGCAUUGGCUUUACGGAC